UCGAAACUUCAUAUCUCAUGCGUUAUCUUCUCUAAAACCAGAGAUUCCGAUUCGAUUCCUUCUCUGCAACCCUAGCAACUUUCCCCCAAAUCGCGAGAUCCAAAAUUCAAAUGGCCGUUAUCCCCCGUUCAGAUCCACCUUCCCGGAUCCACCCCGAACCACCACCGCAAACCCUAGAAAUCGACCACUUCGACCAUCUCCCAGACUCGAUCCUCCUCCUCGUCUUCAACAAAAUCUCCGACGUCAAAUCCCUCGGCCGAUGCUGCGUCGUCUCCCGUAGAUUCCACUCCCUCGUCCCUCAAGUCGAGAACGUCCUCAUCCGCGUCGACUGCGUCAUCUCCGACGACGAUAACUCCUCCCUCUCCUCGAUCAAAUCCCGCUCCGCCGCCGCGUCCGGACCUUUCUCCUCCAUAUUCCGCCUCGUCGUCGGCGGCAUUGUGAAGCCGUUGCAAGCGUUGGGGCAGUUCCUCGGCGCGAAGAGAUCGUGCGGAGGAGGCUCUUCUUCUUCCUCCUCCUCGUCUCUGUCUAUCAGCGGAGGAGACGAAGGUGGAGAGAUCGAACAAGGCGGAGUAACGCACCACUCUCCUACUCAGGUUCUGAAGAACUUCGAGGAGAUUCGUUACCUACGCAUCGAGUUACCUUCCGGAGAGCUCGGGAUCGACGACGGAGUCUUGUUGAAAUGGAGAGCUGAGUUCGGCUCCACCUUGGAUCACUGCCUGAUUCUCGGAGCAUCUUCGGUGAUCCAACCGAAUACUAGAUUUUCUCAACUCACUGACAUUACAACCGUUGAAUCUCCCGACGAUAACGGGAGUAUACCGGAGUCGUUUUACACGAACGGAGGCUUGAAGCUUCGUGUUGUGUGGACAAUCAGCUCUUUGAUUGCUGCGUCAGCACGGCAUUACUUGCUACAGCCGAUCAUAGCCGAGCACAAGACGCUGAGGAGUUUAGUGCUCAGUGAUUCCGAUGGGCAAGGUGUGCUUUGUAUGAACAGAGAUCAGCUUGAAGAGCUAAGGGUGAAGCCGUUGUCGGCUUCUUCGGCUUCCAAGAGAACUCUUGUCCCUGCCUUGAACAUGAGGCUGUGGUACGCUCCCACCUUGGAGUUGCCUGAUGGGACUGUGUUGAAAGGUGCGACUUUGGUAGCGAUUAGGCCGAGCGAGUCCAAGAAGGAAGUGUCGGAUGUCUCUUGGGUUUCUUCGGCUGCUUUUGAGGAGCCUUAUGAGGCAGCUGUUAAGUUGCUGGUCAAGAGGAAGACUUAUUGUUUAGAAAUGAACUCGUUCUAGCUUGAAUCUGAGGGAACCCGAUGGCGAUUCAUGAUGAUUAUUACAUAUAAAUGCUAUAAUGAGAGGAAGCAGAGAGUGAGAGCUAAAUCCAGUUUUGAUGAAUACAUAAACCAGUUUUGCUACCUGCUGCAUCAGCUAGCGAUUUUUUCUUCUAAGCUUUCGCAGGAUCUUUCAAUCAUAUAAAUACCAACGAAUUACUUAUUAUCAUGUAAGGCUUGUUGUCUGUCUUUGUUAGUUGCUUACAAUGUCUUGCGCUUUGCUUGUCGUCUCUCUUAUGUGAAUAUAUUGUAGUUAUGAGAUUUACAUUUGCUUGUUAUUAUUAAAGUUAUUUAAGAAAAAUAAAACAGAGAUAUUAGAAUUGUAUAAAGCAACUUGAUGUUUGAAUGUUUAUAUCAUAAUUGAGCA